UUUAAAUUGAAUAAGAAGUUAUCUAAAUGGAACGAACAGAACAGGAUUUCAAAGGUAUUUUGGAUGUUAAAGACCAGCUUGAGAAUUUGGGUGAAUUUAGUAUAAAAUUUGACCUGAAGAAAGGAAAAUGGGGGUAUGAGAGAUUAUAGAUGGAGAAAUGAGGGAUUUUAGAGAAAAUGAAUUUGGAGUGGAGGAGAAUAUUGAGAGGAUUUUUCAGGAAUCUGAGCAAGAAAUUGGAGUUGGAAAUCAAAAUUGGUAUAUGGGUGAUGAUUUGGAGAAAAUUGAUAAGUUAUUUGAAGAUUCACCAAAAGAAGUUAAUUCUAAGAAUUUUGAGUGAGAUUAUGAAGCAAGAACCCAUUUUCUCUCGCAAGGUAAAUCAGUAGAAGACUUAUUAUUCCCAUCUGGGUCCUUUGCUUAUCAGAAAAACUUUGCGCUGCAGAGUCAAGAAAAUUUACAAAUUCCUGCUCAGAGGUAUAAUUACAGCGAAAACUGGGCAGAUAAUAAUUCGAGAAGCCAGAAAUCGUUGAAAACUAUACAUAAUGAUCCUAUCCCUUUCACGUACACUCAGGUUCAGGAUCCUGCUGUUAGAGCCACGAUAUCCUCCAGAUCACCUUCUGAAGAAUUAGUGCCUAAUUCUAGACAAAAUGCACAGAAUUAUCAAACUUCAGAGUCUUCAAAGAAAGUCAAGGAUAUUAGAACUAAAAGACACAGAAGGCUUAUCGACCCUGAUCUUGACCCAUUCAAUGCUUCUGUACCAGACGAGCCUACAUGAAUACCCUAUAUGAUUCCUCAGAUGACUCCCCACCAUAAGAGAUAUCUUGAUCUCAGACCUCCGAGAGGGUACCGGACUAGAUGGUAAAUUCAUUUUCAAUCUUAAGGUAAAA